GGAAACCAUUUACCAGCAUAGUGACAUAUGUGAUAAUGAUGUAUGACACAUUCGUAAUUUUUUUGCACACAACCCUCCUUAAUGUUUAAGAAAUUCCAUUGCACGCACCAAUAUAAUUAAGCUGAUUAUAUUUUAAACAUAAUUAUGUGGCAUCACUAUUAGAGCUUUUAAAUUUGCUUUGUCAAAUGUAAUUUAUAAGCAGGUUGUCACAAGUCUCCCAUUUUCAGUGAACGUAUAAACUCAGCGGAAAAAAUAAAAACAAUGAAAUUUGAAAGUAUAUCACUUUUAUAGAUAUUCGCUAAGAAGUGCUUAGAAUAGUUAAACAUUUCGUUAGUAAAUUUUUUAGUAUCAAGCGCGAAACCUCGUUUUUAUUAAGGAUUAAAAAAGUCUUCAGAAACAAAAGUUAUGAAUGAAUUGGAAGCGGGUGGACCAGACACAAAUGCUUUGGCCUCAAAUAUCGAACCAGUUUCUUUUAGUGGUUUGGCAAAUAACAUUGGACAGAGCAAUACACUCAACAAUCCGACAAUCGUAAAAUUUCCUGAAAUUAAAAGAACAAUGGUUAAUCAACAUAUCCGCUUGCCAAUUGAGGGUAUGACUUGCCAGAGUUGCGUAAGGAAUAUCGAAAGCACAAUAUCAGAAAAGCCUGGAAUAAUUAAUGUUCGGGUUGUUCUUGAAGAUAAAUGUGGUUAUUUUGAAUAUAACUCAGAGCAAACAGAUCCCUGCAAAAUCGCUUUUGAAAUAGAGGAAAUGGGAUUCGAUUGUCCGUAUACGCAAACGGUAUCACAUCAUGCCUUUGAAAAUACUAUGGAAGGAGACAACAGUGUUGGCUCUGACACUCAAAUACGUAUUAUUGGUAUGACUUGCAAUUCGUGUGUUCGGAAUAUUGAAGGAAAUAUCGGAACAAAGCCUGGUAUAUUUCAAAUAAACGUUAGUUUAGAUGAUAAAUGCGCUACGGUAAAAUACGAUGCGAAAAAAUUUACGCCCACAGACAUUGCUGAUAUGAUCGACGACAUGGGUUUUGAAGCGAGCAUAUGGGAUAAAGAUAACGUUGGUGACGGAAUUAGUUCAACCAAUGUUUCAUCUGAACAGAAUUCAAAAUCCCCUAAAAAGCAACAGGUGUCAAAUGUGACUCCUGCGAACAUUGCCUCAAAAGCUCAUACAGAAGUGUCCUUGGAUGGGGCGCUAUCCAAAUGUUUUCUACAUAUACGUGGUAUGACAUGCGCCAGUUGUGUGGCAACUAUUGAAAAACACUGUAAAAAGAUAUACGGGCUGGAUAGUAUACUUGUUGCACUACUCGCUGCUAAAGCAGAAGUAAAAUAUAAUGCAAACGUUGUGACAGCGGAAAAUAUAGCGAAAUCUAUUACAGAACUAGGAUUUCCUUCAGAAAUCAUCGAUGAACCGGGCAGUGGCGAGUCAGAGGUUGAAAUUGAAAUAACGGGCAUGACCUGCGCGUCUUGUGUGAACAAAAUCGAAACGCACGUAUUAAAAGUGAAAGGCGUUACUGCAGCGUCUGUUACAUUAUUGACACGAAAAGGCAAAUUCCGCUAUAAUACUGAAAAGACGGGACCUCGCAGCAUUUGCGAAGCAAUUGAGCAACUGGGUUUUCAGGCACGUCUGCACAAUGGCAAAGACAAGAUGACCCACGAUUAUUUGCAGCAUAAAGAAGAGAUUGCAAAAUGGCGUAACGCUUUCUUGGUGUCUCUUAUCUUUGGCGGUCCAUGCAUGGUUGCUAUGAUCUAUUUCAUGGUUGAAAUGAAUGACAGAGGUCACGCAGCUAUGUGUUGUCUAGUCCCCGGGUUGUCAAUGGAAAACCUGGUAAUGUUUCUGCUCUCGACACCGGUGCAGUUUUUUGGUGGAUGGCAUUUUUACGUACAGUCUAUUCGCGCAAUACGUCACGGUACCACUAACAUGGACGUACUAAUUUCUAUGGUCACCACAAUAUCCUAUAUUUACUCUGUGGCUGUGGUGGUAGCCGCUGUGUUGAUGGAGCAAAAGUCCUCGCCAUUAACAUUCUUUGAUACGCCGCCCAUGUUGUUGAUUUUCAUAUCUCUAGGUCGCUGGUUGGAGCAUAUUGCAAAGGGAAAAACUUCAGAAGCAUUAUCAAAACUUUUAUCGCUGAAGGCGGCUGAGGCAUUGCUGGUCGAUAUGUCUCCCGACUUUGACAUAAAAUCUGAAAAAGUUAUAUCGGUGGACUACGUGCAACGUGGUGAUGUUCUCAAGGUAAUACCGGGUGCCAAGGUGCCUGUGGACGGCAAAGUACUUUACGGCCAUUCAACAUGUGAUGAAAGUCUCAUUACCGGCGAGUCAAUGCCGGUUGCAAAACGUAAGGGUGCAGUAGUAAUUGGCGGUUCGAUUAAUCAGAAUGGCGUCUUGCUUAUAUCUGCUACACAUACUGGAGAAAAUACUACCUUAUCUCAAAUUGUGCGCCUGGUAGAAGAGGCGCAAACGUCCAAAGCACCCAUACAACAGUUAGCAGAUCGUAUUGCAGGUUAUUUUGUUCCAUUCGUUGUGGCAGUAUCGAGCAUUACAUUGAUUGGUUGGUUAAUCGCUGGGUUCACUAAUCCAGACCUUGUGCCCAUAGCUAUGGAACACAGGAUGCAUAUGGAUUCAAAUGCAAUUGUCAUUAGUCAUGCAUUCAAGUGUGCUCUUAGUGUAUUGGCAAUUACAUGCCCCUGUGCAUUGGGUCUGGCCACUCCGACUGCCGUCAUGGUAGCUACUGGUACGGGUGCGAUCAAUGGUGUACUUGUUAAAGGUGCCACAGCAUUAGAAAAUGCCUAUAAGGUUAAAACCGUGGUGUUCGACAAAACGGGUACCAUAACGCACGGAAUGCCUAUGACAUCCAAAAUAAUUAUGUUCGUUAAACCCGCUGUCUGUAGUUUGGCACGUGCGCUAACUAUUAUCGGUGCUGCAGAGUCGAACAGUGAGCAUCCAAUAGCAUCUGCUAUAGUACGCUUCUCCAAAGAAUUAUUGGGCUUACAAAUAUUUGGCAAAACACAAAACUUUCUCGCAGUACCGGGUUGUGGCAUAAAGGUUACUGUACUGCAGUACGAACCAGCCUUGCGACAAGCUACCAAUGCUGAGAAAAUAAUUAACUAUGAGAAUAACUACCGAUCACAUCCUGGCACAGUGCAUACGGAAAACGGUGCAAGCAUUGAGGAACUCAUACCGCAGCUGCUUACUAGUAAAUCCAUGGAGCUGCAACAGCAACAACAAUUACUCCAAUUAGACGAAACACUAUAUGGAACCGCAGCAAACGCAGAAACUAUCUCAAAUGUAUUGGGUAGUGAGAUAAAUGUGUUGAUUGGCAACCGUGAAUGGAUGCAUCGCAACGCCAUAGUCGUGCCACAAGAAAUCGACAACUGCAUGAGUGAAGAGGAGUCAAAGGGACAUACAGCUGUGCUUUGCGCACUGAAUGGUCAGUUAAUAUGCAUGUAUGGUGUGUCGGACAUGGUCAAACCUGAGGCGCAUCUGGCCGUCUACACACUAAAGAAAAUGGGCAUCAACGUAAUUUUGCUAACUGGUGAUAAUGAAAAUACUGCUGCAAGUAUAGCUAGACAGGUUGGAAUUAAGCGCAUCUUUGCCGAGGUUUUACCAUCACACAAGGUGGCUAAAAUACAACUAAUACAGGAAAGCGGCGCCCGCGUUGCGAUGGUUGGCGACGGCGUCAACGAUAGUCCUGCUCUUGCACAAGCUGAUGUAGGUAUUGCGAUUGCGGCUGGUACCGAUGUAGCGGCUGAGGCGGCCGAUGUGGUACUUAUGCGUAACGAUCUGCUCGACGUAGUGGCUUGCCUCGAUCUGUCGCGCCGCACCGUGCGCCGUAUACGGUACAAUUUCCUGUUUGCCAGUAUGUACAACCUACUCGGUAUACCGCUAGCUUCAGGCAUAUUUGCACCUCUCGGUUUCACAUUGCAGCCGUGGAUGGCGUCAGUAGCUAUGGCCGCCAGUUCGGUUUCCGUAGUCUGCUCGUCAUUAAUGCUUAAAUGUUACCGCAAACCAUCGGCCGCCUCGUUGCGCACAACCGAAUAUAUGAAAUAUUUGGAGCAAGAACGCGAGGGUGCACGUGAACCCGACCAAUUGUCCUUACAUCGCGGUUUAGAAGAUCUACCGCGCGCCAAAUUAAAUCGCUCAAAUAGUUCUUUGUUGUCGCGAAUUUUCCUGCAAGGGGGCGCACAUAGUCGCUAUGAACACAAUGAAAGUAGUCUCUUGGAGACAGACGGUGGUGAAUUCACACCUAAAAUUAUAAAGACGAAGAGCAUUAAGAACGUGACGGAAAUGCAGAAAUUGUAGUGUGAUUAAAGGCAAGUGCUUAGUGUUUGUCCGCAGGCAGUGAAAUGUAGAAAUUGUUUUUGUUAUUUUAUAUGUUAUAUUUAUAUAUAUCUGAGACAUAUAUAAAUUGUAAGAAUAAGUAGCAUAGCGCAGAAAAUUUUCCAUAUAUUUAGGUUCUUCAUUUUUAAAAACCACCUCUUUUGUAACGUUUUUGUACUUUGCCUAAUUACGUGCAUUUACUUUGAACAUAUAUAUGUACAUAUAUCACGAAUAUGCAACUGCGCUUAGUCAACGGAUAGUGUGCGACGAACAAAUAUUGAUUAAGCUAAUCUAUACACGAAAUUGUUUUCCAUUUUUUUUUGCCUUCCUACAAAUAACCAACCAAUGAAAAAUAAAAUCCUUAAAGGUACGACAAACUAACAAGUGUGCAAAUAAAAUCGUUAAACAUAUUAAACCUAUUUUUAUAUACAUAUAUACAAUAUAGUCAAAUACAUACAUAUACUUCAAAACGAUUAAGAAUAAAGACCCUGUAUCAGUGAAAAUCCAAA